AUGUCACAUCAGCCAUCUGUGAUCAACAAGGGAUCUUCAGCAGGUAUUAAAAAGGAAAGAAAGACUCGACGAACCCACAAGAAUUCGCGUGAUGGAUGUCCUAACUGUAAAGCAAAGAGAAUAAAGUGCUCCGAAGAACUACCUUCAUGUCAUAAUUGUAUCAAGAAAAAUUACCGUUGUGGUUAUCUUGACUUUCCACCUGAAAAGUUGGAAAUGAUUAGACAAAAGAAUAAUAAACGACUGUUAAAUGGAAGCAACAGUUCCAGUAGUCCAAAUACUAAUACUAAUACAAACACAAACAUCAAUAGCAAUAGCAAUGUUGCCAGCGAUAAUCUAACUAUGGAAAACCAAAAUCAGACUUCAAAUCAAUUACUACAGAAUAAUUUCAACAACAAUUUUCAACCGCAAAUUCCAGAACAACAACUGUACACCUUUCAGAAUCAAGAAACGUUAAACAAUAGCGUCAACCUACAAGGUCCUCCAAUACAUUAUAAUUCUACUCAGCAGUAUUUCAUAAAUGAUCAGAAUCAAAUACUAACAGGAGACGAUCAUUUAUUAGUAUCUUCAGCACCUGGUACUUCAUCAUCAUCUUCAAAUUUCAUUGCCAAUCGUCCGUCAUCAUUGCAUUCAUCUCCAAAUUCCGACUCUCCAAACCAUAUCAAUCAAAUAAUGCCAAAUUUCAUCCCUAUAUCUAUUCCUAACGAAGACCAGUCUGUUACCCCUCCAGAUAUUUUUCAAAAUGUUCCACAAGACAAGAUUCAAUAUUAUGUGGAGCUUCCAUCUGCAGCUGACGAUUUACGAACUGCAGUAUAUAAGGAUUCAAUAAAAAAGAUAUCACAUGUACGAAAUGAUUUUGAUUUGCCAACAUUUUCAUCCGAUUCAUCUUAUGAUAAUCAACCAGAAUUCAACCCUCCACCACAAAUUGAUACAUAUGAUCCACAACAGCAAAUGCCUCCACCUCUAUCACAACAACGACAACAGCAAAACUAUAAUAAUGACACCAACAAAAGUGCUUCGUUUAGUUCUCAAGUUGAUUUCGAUGUCGGAUAUGAAAGCCAGUCAAGUGAUGAUUUUUCUCAUUCUCGUGCCGUCUUUGCCGAACAUUUUGGGGUAGUUAUUCCAAAAUCAAAACAAACUGGCCAAAUGGAUAUAUUUCCUUCACCAAAUCAAGUUGAAAUUGGCGAUCCUUUACCCAAUGCCAUUAACUCUCCUGUCUCAAUGAAAAUGCUCAAAUAUCCAAAGGAGUAUUUAAAUACAUCUGUCAAGGAUUAUUACACCAACAACCGAGAAUUGCUCGAGAAGUCCUUAUUAUCACCAAGAAAUAUAUGGACUAAACGUGAUGAUAAGUUAAUUUGGACCUCAAUUUUCAGUGGUGCCAUUGCUCGCCCAUUUCCAAAUUUCUCCUUUUUCAUUGAUCGUGGUUUGAACGUGAUUAUGAAGGUGUGUAACCGAUCACUUGCGUCUGUUACAAGUGAUACGUGUUUCACUCCGGAAAUCUUUGAUAUUUUAGUCAAGAAAUCGUAUUCAUCAUAUGGUGGAUUAAUCAAAGAUCUCAGACAGUCAAUUGGUCAAUAUAUUGAAAGUAGUACUGUCUUGUCAUGGUUCUCAUGCUGGUCAUUAUUUAUCCAUUGUAACAGUACUGCAAAGGUUUCUAAUUUGCUUCUUACAGGUUCAACAUCAUUAUUGAGGAAUUCAUUGAAUGAUUAUAAAAGUAUUACUGAUAUUCAUCCGAGUAUUGCAUUUAUUAUUAGAGCUAUUAGAGUCAAUACCUUAUGUGCUAGAGCUCCAGACUACAAAUUUGACAUUAUUGAAGAGUUGUAUCACGAUGUUGUUCAGUAUAAAAAAUUUGUGAUUUACAACCAAAAUUUGACAACCAAAAAUAAUGGAUACAUUUUAAAAUCGUUUGUUGAUUUAGAAAAUUUCUUGUAUGAUUUGAUUAACGUCAAGUAUCCAAGAAUAAAAAAAUUGGAUGAAGCUUAUAAAAAGAAACACAACUUGACUCUGCAUGAAGGUGUUGAAUUCAUUUCUCCAAAUGAAAUUUUUUCUAUUAUUGUCGAUUGGUUUAACACUGUUCCUAGCCAUGCAUUAUCUGUUGGAAAAUCAAUGACACCACUUAAAAAGAAUUGUUAUUUAUUUUUUAUUUCUAUUGGUGUUGCAUUGGCAUCUAUUUUCCCAUGUAUGAGAAAUGUAUUUUUAGUUGACCCUUGGAAUGUGAUUUUUCCAAGAACUGAUUUUGACAAUGAAUUGUAUGAAUUCACACGUGAAGAUGUUGGAAAUGAUGAUCAAUUUGAAUAUUUAUCUGUAUUGUCAAAGAAGUUGCUUCGUAUUAUAAACUUUUUCUUGAAUAGAAGACUUCUCAUUUACAGUGUUAUCAAUCGUAUGAAAGUUUUGCAACCAAAUGAAACCUAUCUUGAGAGUUGUGAACCCAUUGAAGGUUAUGAUAAUGUGAUUCACAUUAAGCCACCCAAAUUUAAGUUUACUGAGAUUCCAUUGCCUGAUUUUUCUGUCAACAAUAUCAUCAAUGUAUACAAUUAUCCAAUGCCGGAUUUUAAUGAAGAAGAGAACAAUAAAUGGAAAAGCAUUAUCAGUAAAGAAAACCAUGAUCAAAAGGCAAGAAUCAAUCAAUUAAGAGGUAAGUUUCAAAACAAUGAUAAUCAUCAAAAACAUGAAAAAUCUGAUCUUGAUAAUAGUGAUGUUAAUGCUGGCCAAGUUGUUGGUAAUGGUUUCAAUUAUAGUUUAGGAAUGUUUGCAUAUGAUUUUAAUAUCAAGCCUUUACUUGAUGAGAUGACUGAAUCAAUGGUGGAACUGAAACCAAUAAGUAUUGAAGAAAUAAAACAAGAACUUGACAAUUUUGAAAAUUCUCAAAAAGAAGUUGGUAAAUGUGUAUAA